AUGAGCCGCAGUAUUGUCUCAGCAGUACCAAACUCCUCACCUGCAGCUCGUCUUAAGAAACCAGCUGUACAGCCCGGGCUCUGGAAGAAGGAAGUUUGUCCGCAGCACACUCGCUCGUCAUUCAUAACUCUUCGUGAUGUUUGCACUUCAGCUAUCAGAAUUUCCUGCAAAGAUAAUGGAGUCCCCCGAUCAUCUUCACAUAUCAAAUAG